AUGUCAUUUUCCAAAGCCAAAUUGAAGCGUUUCAACGAUGUGGACGUUGUUUGCGGCUCUCCAGCUGCGUCCUCCAAUUCGAACAGCUCGGCUGGAUCUACGGGUUGUGCCACACCCACAUCGGCUGCAGCUGUGGCUCAGCCGCCACCGCCGCCAGAGCGCAAGGAGCAAAUCGAAAAGUUCUUUAAGGAUGCCGUGCGAUUCGCAUCUAGCUCGAAGGAGGCCAAGGAGUUUGCCAUACCCAAGGAGGACAAAAAGUCGAAGGGCUUGCGACUCUUUCGUACGCCUUCACUGCCGCAACGCUUGCGGUUCCGUCCGGCGGCCAGUCACACAGCGGAGCAGGUGGUGGGCAGUGGAGCCUCGACGGCAUCCUCAACACCCCUCCACUCGGCCACAACGACGCCCGUAAAGGAGGCCAAGUCGGCGAAUCGCCUGAAGGGCAAAGAGGCGCUGCAGCAGGAGAUACGCAACAAGAACGAACUGAUCGAGAGCUACAUUAGCCAGUUGGAUGUGGUGCGCCGUCAUGUGGACCAGCUCAAGGAGACAGAGCAAAAGAUGCGCGAGGAGCACGAGCAAACAGCAGCCAAGACCGAGCAGCUAUUGCAGGCACUGGGCAACGAGAAUCUCUCUCACAAGCAGCGCAACGAGCAGCUGAGCACAGAGCAGUCGCAGCUGCUGGAACGCUACGCCCAGCUGGAGCAGCAGAUGCAACUGCAGCGGGAACAGCACGAGCAGCAAGUGGAGCGUAUGCUGGCCGAGAACGAGGCCUACAAGCUGGCCAACGAGCAGCUGCAGCAGACCUGCGAGCAGCAGCAGACGGUACAGCAGCAGCUGGAGCAACAGCUCGGUACACUCCAAGAAGAGGUCACCAAGGCGCGCGAGAACUGCACUGCGGAGCAGCAGCAAAAUACACAGCACUUGGAGCUGAUCGAGAGUUUGCAGGCAAAGAAUGCCGAGGUGCUGGCGAAUGUGGAGCAGCUGAAACAACAGAUUGAACAGGAUGCCUUAGCCUAUGGCCAGGAAACAAAGAUCAGUCAGACGGAACUCGAAUGUCUGCGUGUCGAGCGCAACACGCUGAAGAACGAUUUGGCCAACAAGUGCACGCUGAUACGCUCGCUGCAGGACGAGCUCUUGGACAAGUCGUGCGAGAUCGAUGCACACUGCGACACCAUACGCCAGCUGUGCCAGGAGCAGGCCAAGCACACCGAACAGCAGCAGGCCCAUCAGCAGGUGGAGAAUGAGCUGGAGAGCGCUGUGGAGCGUGAGAAGUGCUACUGGCGUGCCGAGCUGGACAAACGACAGAAGCUGGCCGAGAACGAACUGAUCAAGAUCGAACUGGAGAAGCAGGAUGUGAUGGUGCUAUUGGAGACCACCAACGAUAUGCUGCGCCAGCGCGACGAGAAGCUGCAGAAGUGCGAAGAGCAGCUGCGCAACGGCAUCGACUACUACAUCCAGCUGAGCGAUACACUGCAGCAGCAGCUGGUGCAGCUCAAGCAGGACAUGGCCAAGACCAUCACCGAGAAGUACAACUAUCAGCUGACUCUGAACAAUACACGAUCCACGGUCAACAUACUGAUGGAGCGCCUCAAGAAGUCCGAUGCCGAUGUUGAGCAAUUCAAGGCGGAGCUGGAGUCGGUGCAGCUGGCCAAGGGCGCAUUGGAGCAGAGCUAUUUGACGCUGCAAGCGGAUGCGACACAGCUGCGCCAACAGCUAAAUGAUUCGCAGACGGCGCUCGAGGCAGUGCGCAGCUCCUCGGUGACCCUACAGCAGGAGAUUGCUAACUCGUUCCAGGAGCGCAUCGACGGGGAUGCCCAGAUGGCCCACUACUGCGACAUGUACAGCGAUCUGAAGCGCAAGGAUGAGACGCGCGAGCUAUACAUGGCGGACAUGAAGAAGGCCCUGGAUGAGUUUGCCACGGUGCUGCAGUUUGCUCAACUGGAGCUGGACAACAAGGACCAGCUCUUGGUCAAGGUGCGUGAAGAGUGCGAACAGCUCAAACUCGAGAAUAUUGCACUGAAGUCCAAGCAACAACCCACGGUGGCUAUGCUGACGCCCAGCAAGGCGAACAAGCCGAAUACCACAGAUCUGGAGAAGAUUGAGGACUUGCUGAUCGAUUCGGAGCUGCGUGCCGAAUGCGACAAGAUCACCUCGUGGCUGCUUAACUCCUCCGAGAAGAGUGUCCGACAGGACAACAACAACGAGCUCAGCGAGCUGCUCGCCUGCAAAUCGCCCAAGGCUCGCACGCCGCGCACACCUCACAGUCCGCGUACGCCACGCACGCCUCGAUCCGCGGCCAGCACACCGAAGAAAUCGUUAAUCUUCGCCAGCGGCAAAGAGAACAUGCCCAGUCCGCCCCAGAAGCAAGUGCUCAAGGCGCGAAAUAUGUAGGCAAAUGUUUCGACUCUAUUUCACGACAAAUCCAACUUUAGGCUAAAUUUUUUAACAAUAAAUUAUAAAUUAGUUAAGA